CUUAACAUUUUUCAAGAUCAAAGUCCUAGCAAGCAAAAACAAUUAUUUAUGAAAUAUAGCACCUUCCACGAACAAACAUUUAUUUUUCAAUUUUUGCACCAUCCUGUUCAUUGUUUUGGUAUGUUAAUUGACUUAAUAAUGUCGAUGAACCUAUCUUGGUCAACUUGUGGGAUCUUAUUGAACUUUCAAAUUGAGAAAGAAUUUUUUUUUCGUGUUCUUUGCUUUGCAUAGGCUGGGAAAAGAAGGAACAAUACUGUUGCUUUUGGAAGAAUCCUGAGAUGGGUUUUUUAUUUGGUGGUUCAAGAUAUUUGAGAAUUUAUGACACUUCUCAAGUGGCAGACCUCACUACAAUCAAAGGAAACAAAGAUGAAGAGAUUCAUAAUAGGAAAACAGGAAAAUCUCUGAGAGCAAAAGUACUACAGAGAGUGUUCUCAGAGGAUUUUGAGAGAGCAAAGAAAAGAGUAUUGGAUCCUGGAGGCAAAAUUAUUCGCAAAUGGAGCAGUAUUUUCUUUGCAGCAUGCUUGGUUUCAUUGUUUGUUGAUCCUUUGUUCUUCUUCUUGCCUAUAGCUAGAGGAGAUGUGUGCAUAGAUAUUACAACACCUCUCAAAGUCAUCCUUACCAUCAUAAGAUCAGUGGUGGAUAUCUUUUACUGGAUUCAUAUAUUUGUUAAAUUUCAUACAGCUUAUGUUGCACCUUCUUCCCGUGUAUUCGGGAGAGGAGAGCUUGUUAUAGAACCUUCAAAAAUUGCAGAGAGGUAUCUGCACAAAGGAUUUUGGUUGGACCUUGUUGCUGCCUUGCCCCUUCCUCAGAUGCUGAUUUGGGUAAUUGACCCUCAUCUUGAAGGUUGGGCAGUGAUACACUCAAAGAAUAUCCUUUGGUUUAGCAUCCUGUUUCAGUACCUACCUAGAGUCUAUCUUAUAUUCCCACUUUCUUCACAAAUUGAGGCUACUGGUAUUGUGAUGCAAACAUCUUGGGCCGGAGCAGCUUACAACCUUCUGCUUUUCAUGUUAGCAGGCCAUGUUUCAGGAGCUUGCUGGUACCUUUUAUCAAUUGAGAGACAGGAAGAUUGCUGGCAUAGAGCCUGCAAUCUUGAGAAGCCAUACUGCCCAAAUAAGUAUUUCGAUUGCCGCAAUGUUAAAGACCCUACAAGGGUUGACUGGUUCAAGUCAAGCAACGUUACAAAUCAGUGUCAGCCAAAUAGUGAACUGAAUUAUCAGUUUGGCAUAUAUGGUGAUGCGGUAUCAUUAAGUGUUGCAGGUUCAGCUUUUAUGAACAAGUACUUCUAUUGUCUCUGGUGGGGUUUAAAAAACCUGAGUACUCUAGGACAAAAUCUAGUUACAACCAUUCAUGUUGGAGAAAAUAUUUUCGUUACCAUUGUCGCGAUUCUUGGUCUUGUACUCUUUGCAUUGCUCAUUGGCAAUAUGCAAAGGUUCCUUCAAUCCAUGACUAAGCGAUUAGAAGAGUGGAGGAUCAAGAGAACAGAUACAGAAAAAUGGAUGCAUUACAGGCAGCUAAGUCCCCAGCUAAGGCAGUCUAUUAGAAAGUAUGAUCAGUACAAGUGGCUGGCUACCAAAGGCGUUGAUGAACAAUCCCUUAUCAAAAGUCUUCCCAUAGAUCUUCAGAGAAAGGUCAAACGUCAUUUAUGCAUUGAUCUAGUUCGACGAGUCCCACUGUUUGAUCAAAUGGAUGAAACAACACUGGAUGCAAUUUGUGAGAGGCUAAAGCUUCAAUUAUGUGCAAAAGGUAUGUUUCUUCUGCAUGAAGGUGAUACUGUGAAUCAAAUGCUCUUCAUAAUUCGAGGCGAUCUUGAAUCUUACACCACCAAUGGUGGACGCACCGGAUUCUUCAACUCAAGCAGAAUUGGCCCUGGGGACUUCUGUUGUGAAGAGUUGCUGACAUGGGCUUUAGACCCACACACCACCAUCAUCCUACCUUCAUCCACCCGAACCGUCAAAGCUAUUUCUGAAGUGGAGGCAUUUGCUCUUACAGCAGAAGACUUAAAAUUUGUAGCAGCACAGUUUAGAAGGCUACAUAGUGAACAAGUUAAGCACAAACUCAGGUUUUAUUCUCAUCAGUGGAGAACAUGGGCUGCUUGUUUCAUACAAGCGGCAUGGCAUCGACACAAGAAAUUGAAGGAAAUGGCUGAAUUGAUGGCUGAAGAUCCUAGAGAAGCCCAAUCAGAAUCAUUCCAGGCUUUAUGUGCAGACAAUCAAGCUGCAGGUGUCAAAAGGAGUUUCAAAUAUAAGCAAUCUGGGUCAGAUACUUUUAUUUUGAGCUCAGUGCAGAAGCCCACUGAUCCAGAUUUUUCAGUAGACCCAAAGUGACUUCGCUAGAAGUCUCAAAUUUUUCAUUUCCACACUUUCUUUUAGAGCUAGAAAUUGAACAUUAGUAUUCCAUUCUUGUGAAUUAUUUUUCUUCAGAUUAGUUGAAAUGCCUAUGCUAGUCUGCCA